AUUACGAAUUUACCAAAAGAAAUAAAGGAUUGAUAUUCAUGAAACAAAUGCCCUAUUAUAUAUUGACCAGAAAACAGUAGAAUUUAAUAAUCUUGUUUAUAUUUAAAGAAGCUGGGUUGUGAACUCAUAACAUUGCGGUAUCUGUUUCACGUCCAGUAAAAUAUCUCUGCUUGAUAUUGGGAGUUGGUGGUGCAUAAAGCUUUCAAGUUGGAUGUUCGUUUUCGAUUCCAGCAGUAUUUGGAUAGGGGUGAGACCAUGAUUUCCAACCUUUAUGAACAUGAAGACUACUGCCUUCGAUGUCCGUGCUGUGGCAAAUCAGUGCGCGGCUCUUCUGCAGUUAUGCUGCCGCGAAAAUCCUAUCUUGUACUCUUUGGCCCGAACUGUCCAUGCCCAUAUGCUGGCUGUUGGGUUCAGGCCACGUGGUCACAUUCUCAAUAGUCUGAUCGAUAUUUACUGCAAAUCAUCUAAUCUUACAUACGCUCGGAAACUGUUCGACAAAAUUCCUGAACCAGACGUUGUUGCUAGGACAACACUGUGUAACGCAUACUCUGCCACUGGAGAUCUGAAGAUGGCUCGUGAAAUAUUCGGUGGAAUCCCACUGAGCAUGCGAGACACUGUUUGUUACAAUGCGAUGAUCACUGCAUACUCUCGUAACAAUGAUGGCCAUGCUGCUGUUAUACUCUUCCGUGACAUGGGGCGAGACAGUUUUAGGCCAGAUGAUUAUACUUUCACUAGUGUACUCAAAGCUACUGCACUUAUAGCUGAUGAUGAAAAGCAGUGCCAGCAGAUGCACUGUGCGGUUGUGAAGUCAGGAACGGGAUUUGUCACUUCGGUGUUAAAUGCACUGAUAUCUGUUUAUGUUAAAUGUGCGUUGUCGCCAUUAGUUUCAUCAUCAUCAUUGAUGGGUGCAGCUAAAAGAGUGUUUGAUGAGAUUCCUCAAAGGGAUGAGUUAUCUUGGACGACCAUAAUUUCUGGGUAUGUGAAAAUCCAUGACCUUGAUGCAGCUCGCAAAUUUCUUGAUGGGAUGACAGAAAAAUUGGUAGAAGCAUGGAAUGCGAUGAUUUCAGGUUAUGUGCAGCAUGAACUUUUUCAAGAAGCAUUGCAACUGUUCAGGAAGAUGCAUUUGAUGGGAAUUGAAGAGGAUGAGUAUACAUACACAAGUGUCAUCAGUGCUUGCGCUAAGGCUGGGUUAUUUCAACUUGGAAAAGAGUUGCAUGCUUACAUUUUAAAAAAACAAACUGAACCUACAAUGGACUUUUCAUUAUCUGUAUAUAAUGCAUUAAUUACGCUGUAUUAUAGAUGUGGGAAAAUAGAUGAGGCACGAGAGAUUUUUAAUAAAAUGCCUGUGAGGGAUAUUGUUUCAAGGAAUGCAAUCCUGUCAGGGUAUGUCGAUGCAGGCUGUAUUGAGGAAGCCAGAUCCUUUUUUGGAGAAAUUCCAGAUAGGAACCUUCUAUCAUGGACUGUGAUGAUAUCAGGUUUAGCACAAAAUGGAUUUGGAGAAGAGGCAAUGAAGCUGUUUAACCAAAUGAGAUCAGAAGGUCUUGAACCAUGUGAUUAUGCAUUUGCUGGAGUGAUUACAUCUUGUGCUGUGCUUGGAGCAUUGGAGCAUGGAUGCCAACUUCAUGCUCAAGUAAUCUGCUUGGGUCACGAUGCAAGCCUCUCUGCUGGAAAUGCACUUAUAACAAUGUAUGCAAGAUGUGGAGUUGUUGAAGCUGCAAAUUCUAUUUUCCUUACAAUGCCUUCUGUGGAUUCAGUGUCUUGGAAUGCCAUGGUUGCAGCUCUGGCACAGCAUGGCCAAGGGGUCCAAGCAAUAGAACUUUUUGAACAGAUGUUGAAGGAAGGUAUACAGCCAGAUAGAAUAACUUUUCUCACGGUUCUCUCAGCCUGCAGCCAUGCUGGUUUAGUUGAAGAAGGAAGCCGUUAUUUUGAUUCAAUGCAUGCUUCUUAUGGUAUUGCCCCGGGCGAAGAUCAUUAUGCCCGAAUGAUUGAUUUGUUAUGUCGAGCAGGGAAGUUCUCAGAAGCCAAGGAAUUGAUUGAAUCAAUGCCAUUUGAGCCUGGCACACCAAUUUGGGAGGCUCUUCUUGCUGGUUGUCGGAUUCAUGGGAAUAUGGAUUUAGGGAUUCAAGCUGCAGAACGGCUCUUUGAGCUGAUACCACAGAAUGAUGGAACCUACAUUCUUUUGUCUAACAUAUAUGCCAAUGAAGGCAGGUGGGAUGAUGUGGCUAAGGUGCGGAAAUUAAUGAGGGAUAGAGGGAUAAAGAAGGAGCCUGGUUGUAGUUGGAUCGAGGUCGAGAACAAGGUCCAUGUCUUCCUGGUGGAUGACACAAUGCACCCUGAGGUGCAAGCAGUAUACAAAUAUUUAGAGCAACUGGGACUUGAAAUGAGGAAACUGGGUUAUGUCCCGGACACAAAGUUCGUGCUGCAUGAUAUGGAAUCUGAGCAUAAGGAGCAUGCUUUGUAUGCUCACAGUGAGAAGCUUGCAGUUGUAUUUGGGAUCAUGAAGCUUCCAAAGGGAGCCACAAUUAGAGUGUUUAAGAAUCUUAGGAUCUGCGGUGAUUGCCAUAAUGCAUUCAAGUUCAUGUCCAAAGUGGUAGAGAGGGAAAUAAUUGUAAGAGAUGGGAAGAGGUUUCACCAUUUUAGAUAUGGUGAAUGCUCCUGUGGCAAUUACUGGUAGCCAAUAUUUUUUCAGAGAACCAACAUUUUUUUCAUGGGGAACUAAUUCAUUCCAGAAUUGAUACAAAUAUUGUGAGGCAUAGCUUGUAAUGGGGGUGUGAUAGCAGAGUAGAAAGGAUCAUUCCCAGUUUCCCAACCAUAAAACUGUAAAGUCAAAUGCAAACGAUAUUUCAAUUCUCAUUU